AUGUCUGUGGAAUAUUCCUCAAUUGGAUAUCGGGUUCAAUGUGAAAUAAGCAUAUCAUACAGACCCCUCCUACUUAAAACGUAUUUUAUGGUUACUUUUAAGCGGCCAAGCCACAAAUUACCCCAUAACCGUUCAUUCUUGAUCGAUCCAUUCACAAUCUGCUCAAUAAAUUCCAAUCCCCGUCUGAGGCUUCGCAAUUAUCAUCAUUCUCGACAAAAACAUCUUUCUAGCAUAUACUCCUGUUGGUCCUCCCCCAAUAAAUCUCCUCUGAUCGCAAACAUUGCGUGUCGUCAGCACCGUAGCCAUCUGCCCCCGUCAAGCGACAAUCGUCGAUGA